AUGAGUACGGAGCAUGGGCAACGGCAGCAGGCUGGGGGCCGUGGGGGCCGUGGGAGCCGCAGUUCUGGGAACAAGAAGUCCAAAAAGCGUUGCCGGCGUAAAGAAACCUACUCUAUGUACAUCUACAAGGUGUUGAAGCAGGUGCACCCUGACAUCGGCAUCUCUGCCAAGGCCAUGAGCAUCAUGAACUCAUUUGUGAAUGAUGUGUUUGAGCGGCUUGCUGGUGAGGCUGCCCGGCUUGCGCAGUACUCGAGCCGGACAACCCUGACUUCCCGAGAAGUCCAGACAGCUGUGCGGCUGCUGCUGCCUGGGGAGCUGGCCAAACAUGCCGUGUCCGAGGGCACCAAGGCUGUCACCAAGUACACCAGCUCCAAGUGA